UGAACCCCAGUAGGAGCAGCAGCCAGGAGAGGACGACUUUGCCUGACCUCGUUUGCGCUUUGAAUAUGUUGAAAAUCGUCAGGUUUGGGCUUUUAAAAUCUUCGAACUCAUGGUGAAGAGAAAGAAGACACCGUCCGCUUUUGAAGAGCUAGAAAAUGGGAUGACAGUGGGCCAAGGGGGCGGUUCGGGUGUCGAGGGGCCGAGCAAACCGGACCGAAAGCUCGAAGGGGGCGAGGAUGGAGAGAGCGUAGAUCAGGCGAGCGAUGAGACGAGUACAAAGAGAGUAGCAGAGGAAACACUUAAUCCAUCAAGCACGUCCAGCUCCGGUUCGGCUCCGACACUUUCUACCGAAAUACCUAGCCCUCCCGGAGCCCAGGUCAACCCGAUAGCUCUCUCCUCAGCCACACCGGCCCCGAACAACCAGGACCAGCAUCAUUUUCUCCGAUCCAGCGUGCGACCUCCGAGCAAGCGGUUGAGGAAAGAUGCCGAGUCCCCGGCGCUGAACGGUCACGGAGGCGCAAAAGCGAAAGGUGCAGAAGCAGGUCUCUCUGUGUGUGUGACAGCUGCUGCAGGUUCAGCUGGAAGCUCUGGAGGAGGCGGGACAUCCAGAUCUGCCCCAAAGGGCCAGGGCCCUGCAGAGAAGGAAGAUGGGGGAAGUCAGAAGCGAGUGCGCAGACAGUGGGAGUCCUGGAGUACUGAGGACAAGAACAGUUUCUUUGAAGGACUUUACGAGCAUGGGAAAGAUUUUGAGGCCAUUCAGAACAAUGUUGCUCUUAAAUAUAAAAAGAAAGGGAAACCUGCCAGUAUGGUGAAGAACAAGGAGCAGGUACGCCAUUUCUACUACAGGACCUGGCACAAGAUCUCUAAACACAUCGAUUUCAACAAUGGUGAGAUUGACAUUUAUUCCCGUGUUCUAAAGAAGUCCUCACAAGAGCUCUAUGGCCUCAUCUGCUACGCUGAACUUAGAAAGAAGGUUGGAGGCUUGAUGGAUGACAAAAAUGUGGCCAAGCUAAAUGAACUUAUUCAGCAGGGGGCCACCACCGUGCGCUCCAAAGGCAGAAACCUCAGGAUCAAAGCUCCCAUGUGCCGUGCUCUGAAGAAACUCUGUGACCCAGAUGGUGUGAGCGAUGAAGAAGAUCAGAAGCCUGUGCGUUUACCCUUGAAGGUUGCUGUGGAGCUUCAGCCAAGAAGCAACCACUCCUGGGCUCGCGUCCAGAGUCUAGCCCAUAAUCCUCGGCUCAGGAUGGUGGUUGAGCUCCACCGGAAGGUCUCCAGUCUCAUCGAGUUCCUGAAGCAAAAGUGGGCUAUGCAGGAUGAACGAAUUCGUAAGAGCCUGGCGGAACGAGAAGCUCUAGAGGGCCUGGCCCGGUCUAGCGAGUCGGAAGACCUGUUUCUGUUUCCUGCAGAGAACAGCACAGUAACUACUUUACCAGGUGUGGCUCGCGUUGUACACUCAAAGGCCUCCUGCACCGUGUACUGGCAGGAGAGUGGGCGUUGCCGCACGGGUAUUAGGGAUUUACCUGCUGCUCACAUUCUGGGAAUUCAGCCUGCUAGAGGGAAAUCAGGCAAAUCUGGCCCAAUGGGAGGAGACCCUAAAAAAGGCGAUGGGCAUUCUGUUGAUACUUCAGACACCGGCACUUCAGCUCCAGGGUUGGAGAACAGUGUGAACUCACCCCUGUACACUAACUCUCCCUUUGUAACUCCGGUUAGUCCAACCCUCACUUCAUCACUUCCUAUAGGACUGGAGGGAAGUGGGACGGGGACUGCGGAGCAAGAGACUCUGUUAGGUCAGCCUCAGACUGAUCCUAGUGGGCAGGACACAGAAACUCAGGGAGAACUUCCUCCUGUAGAGAGCAGGACUGAGGAACCUGGAACAGUGGUUACAUCAGAUAAAGGCCUGCCGCAAAUGGAACUCGUAGGGCGUGGUGAGGAAGUGGGUGGGACUGGACGAUCUCCUCAGCAAAUCAGAGAGGAAGGAUGGACCUCACAAGGCUCUGAGAAUGUGACACUGGCAGAACUCUACCUCAUGCUGGGCAAGCCAGGAAAACUACAGUUGGAGUAUGAAUGGCAGCCUAAGCCUCACCCCUCAGCCCCACCUGCCGCUCAAAAUGUGUUUCGGUGCCUCUUGAGACUUGUGUCAUCUGAGGUCAACCCCAAACCAACUCCAGAAGUGUGUUCAGUAGGAACAUCACCUUUAAAGUCAGGGCAAGAGGAAUCGUCUGUUACUCCUCCAGGCAGAACUUCAGCCGGGGCAGCCCGUAGUCCCAGCUGUGGUCGACAGCAAAAUGCAGCGCGCUCUAAAAUACUUUUGAAUAAUGCAGGUGGGAGAAGUUUGCCACGUUCUCUGCUGGCCUCCGGCGGUGACAGUGAGGGGUUCGCUGUCCCGACAACUCUGCCUCCCAACAGCUCCCGCCAGUUACGGGUGUUCUCUGAUAAUAAGGAGGCGGAGCUAGCCUUUCGCCAGCAACUGAACUCCAUCAGUCUUAGUUGUUCAGAUAUGUUCUUGAAGCAUAGGAAAAUAGGGAGGGGCCGUCCAUUGAGGAAACCUCUUGUGGUUCAGAGGACGCUGUUGCCACGAACAGCUGGAGACACUUCACCACACGUGUGCUCCUUCUCCAUUCUCUCGAAUUCAUCUGCUACAGGUACGGGUUCCUUUCGUCCAAUACAAACUCGUCUCGCCCCAUCAAACCGCCAGCUUCCGUCAAAAUCCUCGUCCACUGGUGCUAGUCCUGCUUCCACUAGUCAUCUUUCCAGUGCAAUUGACAUGGCAGCAAAAUCGGCAGGCAUUAUCCCAGGCAGCCCCUGUCGAGAUGUGGAGGCCCCGAGCAUAGACAAGGCACUUGUGCAUGCUGAAGAAGCCAUAAACUCCACACCUGAACAAGAGCCCGAUCUACACGAUCAGGAGCCUUCUGAGGAAUCGCUUCAGAAUGGUGUCUCUCCACCGUCUCCAGGGGGUGGAGACUCUCUUUUAGCCCCUCCCAGUGUUGCUUCCUUAUUGGAUAUAUCUCUGCCGGGCCCUCCAGAAGAGUCUCUCCCUUCUGGAGAGGCACAAACACACAUCAGUGACUCUAUUAUCGAGCUCGCCAUCAACUCCCAUUAUGGUGAUGGAUCCUUGCUUUCACCUCCUAAGCUUAAUGGAAGUGAUAGAUCUAAGCUCCUCCCUUCUCCAUGUCACAGCUGGAUGCCAUCACCCACACAUGACCCUCAGUGGUACCCCAAUGACUCUACUGAUUCAAGUCUCGGCUGCCUGCUCUCUAGUCUGGCAUCUCCUGAUAAGGCCAGAAGAACAUCCCUUCCCCCAUCCAGCAACACAGCCUUACUUGGACCCAGUCUGCUGGACGGCAACUCCCAUGACUGUUUUCAAUCCCGUGGCCUACCUGAUGCUGCUGAGGUGGAUACUCAGCUGGCCUGUAUGAUGAGUGAGAGCAGCGUUGAUUACAUCGCCCGCUUCAAUGACCUCGCGCAGGAGCUGUCCGUCACAGAAGCGACCCUCCCAUCUCCAGUGGACUGAUUUAGUGGGUGGGGUCAGCCACUGCCUCACCUCUUCUGAUAAAGCUGCAGUUAUCAAUCACAAAGCGUGGAUUGGAAAGAAGAAUGUUAACCAGAGCAACAUACAGUUUGGAAUCAGUUUCAGCUGUUUGAAGUGCAAUAGAUUGUCGGGAUCCACAAUAGCAUUUGGGUUUUGUGGAUUUGUAUGUGUGUGAGAGAGAAUGUGUGGUUUAUAUAUGUGUGUUUUGUAGUACUGGGGCUGGGGUUUUAAGAGCCGCUACCAGACAAUUUAAAAACUGAAGCAUACUCCAGUUUACAAUGCAACCUCAUGUACAGAGAAAGUAAGACCAGCCAUAUCUGAACGAAUUACUUUUUUUGUAUGUUAAUUUGUCUCAUUUUUGUAUGUGUGCAUGUGCAUGCAUCUGUAAGUGGAGCCAAGGAUUGUAUAUCUUGUGUCUUUGUGACUCCUUUCCUGUUGUACGUCAUACAUGUCUUCAUAGGUGGGGCAAAAUAUUCAAAAGCCAUAGAAAUGCAUUUGUGUACGUAUGUGCACACCCUCCACGUUAACCUGUUUUGUUUUUAAAAUCUGCACUACGAAAAGGGACCGAUAACAAGGGCUUUUUUGUGAUAUGAAUACAGGAGCUUAAAAUAUCUGACACACUAAGGUUAUCCAUUACACAAAUGCAGUAUAGUUGCCUCAAAUGCAAGAUCAAACAUCUCUAAAAAAAGUUUUUUUUCCCCUCCAACACUAGGUUUUAUUUCCUACUUUCCUAUGAUAUUGAUCCAGUAAGGGGGUAAUUAUUGAACAGGGUUCACUCAUGUGUUUUGCUUUUCUCUUUUUGUACGUGAGUGCGUGUGUAUAUAAAUGUGAGUGUUUGCACAGAUGUAAAUAGACAAUAACAAACCCCAGUAUUUACUGCUUUUGUAACAUAAUGUAAAUUAUUAUCAGUUGGUUUAUUUAUUGAUAAUUCGCAGAGGCUGUGUCCUUUGUUUCAUUUAACAUGUCUCAUGCAGGCCUAUAAGAGCUCUUCUUAACUGUUUUAAAGAUUUCUGUGUUGUUGAAAUAAGUUUUCAACCCAACUGUGUAUAAAAUAUAGCUGACGCUUA